CCGGGCCUCCACGCCGUUUCCUCUUGGCCACCGCCAUCUUACUCUCCGCCUUCACUCUAGGCCUUCCUUCCGGCUCAGCCGCUCGCUCCGCUUUCCCAUCUCUAUGGUCCCGGGGCUCGGGCUCGGCAGUCCUCCUCCUGCUCUAUGGUGCCUCUUUCCCGUCUCUGUGGUACGGCUCGGUCUCGGCUGCCCUCCUCCUGCUCUAUGGUGCCUCUUUCCCGUCUCUGUGGUACGGCUCGCUCGGCUCUCUAGGCCUCGUCUAUCUCUAUGGUGACGGUGGCCGAGCUGGUCGGCCCAUCUGAAAAGAGUGGCGGGAGACGCUCCACUUCCCCAGUGUUCCGGGAGCUGCGUCCUGUCCCGGCGCAAAGGUGUUUCGUGACCCCGCGGGAGCGGGUGUUGGCACCUGGAACAUCCCUCGGGGCCGAAUGCGCCGUGGACAAUGCCCCUCCUAACCCAGCAGAUCCCAGAUGAGAAUGAUUACAGCUUAGUGGCUAGCCUUGACAACGUCAGAAAUCUCUCCACUGUCUUGAAGGCCAUUCAUUUCCGAGAACAUGCCACGUGUUUCGCUACUAAAAAUGGAAUCAAGGUUACAGUGGAAAACGCAAAGUGUGUACAAGCAAAUGCUUUUAUUCAGGCUGGAAUAUUUCAAGAGUUUAGAGUUCAAGAAGAGUCUGUUACUUUUCGAAUUAAUUUAACCAUCCUUUUAGACUGUUUAUCUAUUUUUGGAUCAAGCCCUAUGCCAGGGACUUUAACUGCACUUAGGAUGUGUUACCAAGGUUAUGGUUACCCUUUGAUGCUGUUUCUGGAAGAAGGAGGCGUGGUGACAGUCUGUAAAAUCAAUACUCAGGAGCCCGAGGAGACUCUGGAUUUUGAUUUCUGCAGCACCAAUGUCAUUAAUAAAAUUAUUCUGCAGUCAGAGGGACUCCGUGAAGCGUUUUCCGAAUUGGAUAUGACAAGUGAGGUCCUACAGAUCACGAUGUCUCCAGAUAAACCGUAUUUCAGGUUAUCUACUUUUGGGAAUGCAGGAAGCUCCCACCUUGACUAUCCCAAAGAUUCUGAUUUGAUGGAAUCAUUUCACUGUAAUCAGACCCAGGUCAACAGAUACAAGAUUUCUUUACUGAAACCCUCUACAAAGGCAUUAGUCCUAUCUUGUAAGGUAUCUAUUCGAACAGAUAACCGAGGGUUCCUCUCAUUACAGUAUAUGAUUAGAAAUGAAGAUGGACAAAUAUGUUUUGUGGAAUAUUACUGCUGUCCUAAUGAAGAAGUUCCUGAAUCUUAGUCUUAAGUAUGGCAAUCCACUGUACUAUUUAUGUACACAUUCAUGAUUGGUCAUGUUCUCAUUCUGAGUGUAGCACUCUUUGUGAUUUCUUAUUGGAUUUUCUAAGGGGAAGAAGCCUGGAAGAGAUAGGAGCUAAGUCCCUGCCCCCUAAUAGUUGCUGUAUAUUUUAUAAGUAAUGUUUUCACGUAGUCACAGAUUAUCCAAUACUGGACUAGCCUGUGGUUCUGUCUUUCGAACUCAUGGGAAUCGUUAUGAGCCAAGAUGAGUAAGUUUUAUGUUUUAUUCUACUUAAGCAGGGCAUUCCAAGUGUCUAAAAAUUUAAAGUUUGGUGAAGCCAUAUCUGAAAUGUUCUUUUAUUUAUUUACUGUUAGAAAAAGCAAUGGCAUACGGGCAUCACUCCCUAGUUGGAAUUCUGGCUAAUCUGUCUUAAAGCAACGGUUCUCAGAGUGUUGUGCCUAGAUCACCUGGAAACUUGUCAGUAACUCUGGGGGUGGGCAAUCUGUAGUUUAAAAAGCUUCCCCCCAGGAGAUUCUGACAAGUGCUCAAGUUUGAGAAUCACUGUUUUAAAGGAUACUUUUUUAAAAAUAGUCUUUAAUUGCAUCAAAGUGACUGCUUUUAACUGUGAUUUCUUCACAAAUGUUCUGAAAUUUAGGCUUCGUCAAACAAGUCUGAAUAAUUAUAUGAUUUAUUUUCCAAGUGUACAUUUUGAAGACAUCUGUGAACAGGCUAUAAAAUAGUCUUAAAAGUUACAGAUUUUCAUCUUGUUCUGAAAACUGUUCAGUGUAGUAAGUACUUAUUAGAUACCUUCUGUUUGCCUAUAAGAGUUUCUCAAUCAAACCAAGGUGUACAAAACCAUUUAUUAAGUGAUUUUAUACUUUCUUAGGUAGUUUUCAAUGAAAUAAUUUCGUGGUAUGUAGGUUAAGAAAAUAUAACACUAAAUUAUCUAACUUGUUUUCUAUUAGAAAAAGUAUAUAACUAAAAUGAAGUUUCUGCACCAUGUGAAAACAGCUCAGUGUCUCUCAGUGGCCAGGCACUUUUGGCCUUUGGAGAGUGUUUCAGCAAAGCACUUCAGGGAAAAGCUCCUCCAGAACAUUAUGUAGGCACUGCUUCCAGGCACGUGUACAAUUUGUGCAAUUCUGGGUGUCUAGUCCAGGGUGAGUACCUGAUAACUAAUAAAUCUUCCAGGCAAUCUCAGGGUGCCCAGCUGGUACAAAAGAAGUUGGAGUUUUGUGAAGUAUAGUAUAUGUUUGAGAAGGAAAUGAUUAAAUCUACUAAAUGUCCAAAUAUUUUUUGUCUGGAUAAACACAAGAUCAAACAAGUCUAAAACAUAAUUAUGAAAAUAUUUAAUCAGUAAACACUUCAAGGACUACAGUUUUCCUUUAAAUUUAAAAUAGGGCGGUUCUUUUUUUCAUUGGCACGUCUAGUACCUAGAACAGUUCCUAGGAUGCAAUAAUAUUUGUUAGGUGAAAGAACCUCCACUUUCAGAUUAUUAGUCACUAUUUAAUUCCAUUAUUUCGGUUUGAAUUUAUUUUGACCUAAUGUAUUUUUUUCAAGUUGAACCUAUAAAGAAUUUAAAACAUGUAUCAACUUAAUAAGACUUUUUUGCACAUUUAAGACUAUUAUUUUAGCUGCACGUAUCUGGAGUUAUUUAGAAUUCAGAAACUAAUGAAUUUAAUUCUUUCUAAAUCACCCUGACAUCAAGGUGUGACUUAAUAAAGAAUUUUCUUUUUAUGCAUGCUCUAUUUGUCUAGUUUAACUUUGUUCAAGUUCCUAUGAAAGACCACUAGGAGGAGCACUUCCUCAGGUAGAGCAGGAUGCUUUGGUGACUACAAAUUCAGUUCAUGUGUCACAUAUAGAAGACUGUAAUCUUAUUUUUAAGAUUAUCUUUGCCUGUUUGAAGUUUAUCUCAUAUUCUUUCCAGUAAAAUUGUGCUUACCAGGAAUAGGUAGGUAAUAUUUUUUCCAUUUUUUUAUUUAUUAUUUUUUUUGCGGUAUGCUGGCCUCUCCCUGUUGUGGCCUCUCCCGUUGCGGAGCACAGGCUCCGGACACGCAGGCUCAACGGCCAUGGCUCACGGGCCCAGCCGCUCCGCGGCAUGUGGGAUCUUCCCAGACCGGGGCACGAACCCGUGUCCCCUGCAUCGGCAGGCGGACUCUCAACCACUGCGCCACCAGGGAAGCCCCUAUUUUUUCCAUUUUUUAAUUCGUUUAUUCCCUACUUGAUGUGUUUCCACCUAGA